AUUGCGCGCUGAGAAGACGUUAACCCAGUGGCAACGUUCACGAGACACUGCAAGCGCGAUAGCAUUCCGAAGCUGACUGUUUAGUUUCUUUUUCUGUUUUCCUCCCGCCGGUGCCUCAGUGAGUGUUCUUUUCUACCUCUCGCGUGACUGAGUAGUGUUUCGACUGCUGUGAACUGACCUAAUUCUGUGGUACUUUGGGAAGUUCGUUUCUGCUGCGACCUGAGAGUGAUUCGACAGCAGUCAGGAGUGUGUGCAUGCGUCGAGCUGUAACGAGAUUAACAUUGACAUACUCGGUUCUGCCAGCCGGGGCGACGUAUUCGGAGCGAGCCGUGCAGCACUGAGACGAAAGCAACAACGGAGCUCAAAGUGAGAAGCGACACUUUUUCCGCCGCCGACAGACUUUCUAUCGACUCGGACUGCCCGCGUUCGGCCGCUCAUCGACUUGCCAGCGCACCACUCGCCACAUCGACCGGCAGCCAAGGCGCUUUAUUUAUAAACACUCGAUCGGCCAGCGCCGCAUCAGAAGUGGCUAACCGGCAGCGGCGCCAUCUCGAGACCGUAGCAACGUUUCGAGGAAGUGAGUUUGGAGCUCGGCCGUCACCCCUGCGUCCAGGCUGCAGGAGUAGUCACUACCGCACGAGACUGUCGUUACACACCUAGGUGUCCAAUUUGUGGAGAGGAGAGUGACUGGUCCAGUUUUGGAAGCAGUUGAAGGUGAGUGUAUUGGAGUGUUUGAAAGCUUUUCACGUGGGACUGUCCAGUAGCAGACCGGAGCCAUGGCGUUUAUGAUGCCCGUGGUGAAGAACGACUGGGACAUUUACAAGACAGGAAGGUCGAGGCGGAGUUCGGAGUGUUCCAACCCCCAGUCGUGCCCCCGCUCGAGGAAGGUCAGCGAGUGCAGCAAGUCUGAAGGCCCCAGCCUGUCGACGUCCCCAGGGAGCGACUUUGUGGUGGGUGGAGUGGCCUCUCCCGGUCACCACAGGGCUUCGGUGCCGGUCGCCAUGUCCUCCAUGAGCCGGCAGUUCUCCAGCAGGGCGUCGUCCAGGGCGUCCCUCCAGUCGCCGUGCAAGUCCGCCUCCUGUUCGCCCCCGAAGGCGGCGAGCCUGCACGCCGGGGGCGGGGGCCACCACGGGGGCGGCGGUCACCACCACCAGUCGUCGGCGCCGGCGGCGUCCAGCUCCGCCUCGCAGAGCUCGCUCAACAAGUUCCACUCGCGGCUGGUGGACAAGCUGAAGCGGUCGGUGCUGCGCAAGGAGAGCACCGUGACGCCGCCCCCGGCGGGGGCGGUCGCCGCCUCCUGAGGCGAGGAGACGGCGGAGGACGCGCUCGCCCUGGCGGCGGCAGUUUCUUCGUCGGCGUCCUCCACGGUCUCGGUCCCGUCCCCCGGGGGUGGCGCCGGCACUGCCCCCGG